GUGGCCAAAACCAGCCUGACAGGCUCGCCGCGCACAGACUAUAUAAACUAAGCAGCUGUCAGGUGGAGGACACUGGCAGCUCUGGCCUGUGCUGGGAGAUUACAGCACUGCAGAAAACACUUUAACAAUGUCUCAGGCUUGGGGAUACGCAGCGAAUAACGGACCCGACAAAUGGGCUGACAGCUUCCCAAUCGCGAACGGACCCCGCCAGUCUCCCAUCGACGUCGUGCCGGGGGAAGCAUCUUACGACGCGGAGCUGAAGCCGCUCGUCCUAAAGUACGACCCGUCCACCUGCCUGGAGAUCCUCAACAACGGCCAUUCCUUCCAAGUGACCUUCGUUGACGACACCGACAGCUCAACUCUGAAAGACGGACCAAUCUCAGGGAUUUACAGGCUGAAGCAGUUUCAUUUUCACUGGGGGGCUUCAGAUGACAAGGGGUCUGAACAUACUGUGGCCGGGACCAAAUAUCCCGCUGAACUCCAUCUGGUGCACUGGAACACCAAAUAUGAAAGCUUUGGGAAAGCUGCUAGUCAGCCUGAUGGGCUUGCUGUUGUUGGAGUUUUCUUAAAGAUCGGUGCAAAAAAUGCCAGUCUCCAGAAACUUAUUGACGCAUUUGAAUCAAUCAAGACCAAAGGCACGCAAAGUUCCUUUGCUAACUUCAACCCUGCAACAUUGUUACCUGGUUGCUUAGACUACUGGACGUACGAUGGAUCUCUCACAACUCCCCCUCUGCUUGAAAGCGUUACCUGGAUAGUCUGCAAAGAGCCAAUCAGCAUCAGCUCUGAGCAGAUGGGCAAAUUCCGCAGCCUUCUCUUCUCUGCUGAGGGUGAGGCCGAAUGCUGCAUGGUGGACAACUAUCGCCCUCCCCAACCACUCAAGGGUCGCCCUGUCCGUGCUUCCUUCAAGUAGAUCCCAUCCCCCCCUUUUGCCCUUUAUCCCCAGUGGCCUCUCUUCCUCCCUUCCCCGCUUUCAGAAGUACCUUUUUUUUGCAGCAAACCUUAGAAAGAACACAUUUCUCUUUUAGUCCAGUUUUAAAACAAAACCACUGCAUUUAUUGUGUGUACAAUACCAGCAAGUAUGGCCUGUUAUAAUUCAUUUUUAAAGAAAAUCACUUGGUGGCAGAAAUAUUUUCACCAGAAUGGUGCUCUGGAACUAGCAGGAAGCACAAGCUGUACAGUUCCAGUUUACGGGGGGAGGAUAACACCUUGGUGCCGAAAGUGGACACACGGACACGCAGGACACUCCCGCUGCCAAUCUAGCUGUAAUAGCUGACUGACUGUCAGCCUUUGCAACGCUGCAGCUUACUGUAAUGCUGCAGCCGCUUCCAUUGCAAGAGAUUGACUUAGAAAAUCCCCCUCUGGCUCACAAACACACCCAAACACACACACACACACACACACACACACACACACACACACACACCGUCACACAUGCAGUCCCAUGCAGACAUGCUGCCUGAAGGCAUUGACCUCCUUAUUGAUACUAAUCGCACAGCGCUAUACUGAGUAAGGGCUGACAGCUCCAUAAAAAUAACUUGCAACUAUUGUUUUUAAAGCGUAUAUUCUUUAUUUUUAUGAUAGAUUGUGUCUUAAAUCCUGACAGUUUAUGCAAAUUAAGCAUAAGUGAUUCCUAAAUGUUGCAUUGUGACAAACAUCAUCUCUUUUUCUUUAAAUCCUGAUAAUUAUAGCAGUAAAGAUAAAAUGUACAGUAGCCUUGUGGUACACCAUAGCAGCUAGCACUCAAGGCCAAUGAUGAAACCUUCCUGUGAGGUCAAGUAAAAAAGAAACGUGCCAAAAGGGCCGAUAAUCCUGUUAGCACAGUGUCCUCUACAGGAGAAUGAUUAACAAAAGGCGUUUCUAAAGAAGAAUGUUUAUCCAGAAAGAUUUAAAUAAAAUAUACAUCAUAAAAAUAUAAAAACACCUAAAUGUAAAUCAUUGAUGGGACUGUGUGUGUAAUGUCAUUUUUGUCUGGCGAUGGACAUUUACUAGUUGAAUAAAUAUAUUUUAUGAUUGA